AUGCAUGAUCCAGGGGAAUUGCGUGCCUCCAAGCCGGAGGACAUCGACACGCGAUCUCUGAUUUCCAUGCAGGAAUUGGACCCCUCCCCUGUUGACGACCUCUCUCCUGAUCCAGAGUCUGGCGAGUAUCUUCCCAAACCCCUGGAUGACGAGCUUUUGGGGCGAGAGGUCCCUGAAAGCAAGUUCUCCGGAUUCAAUCUUGGACUGCGCGGUUAUCGUUGGGACUCGUGGUUAUCUACGAUUCAGAAAUACUCGACUUAUCCGCCGACUCUGUUCUUCACAUUACAUAUCGCCAACACAUCGCUAAUUCCUCUCGUGACAUCUUCCGUGUCGUCAAGCGAGUCAUUUCUGCUCCUCACGCGACCUAUAUAUCAGUCCCCCUCUUUAGAGCACAUUGUUCUCACGGUCCCUGUCCUUGCACACAUCGUAUCCGGAAUUGUGCUGCGGAACAUUCGCGCAUCCCGUCGCGCACGACUUUACGGAGCAGAGACCAGGGCACAGCGGCAUCUUCUCACAUUUUGGCCCAAGGUAAACCUGCAGGCCCGGCUCGGCUAUGUCCUUGUUCCGCUACUGGGUAUCCACGUGCUUGUCAACCGUGUCGUUCCGCUUGUGGUCGAAGGUGGAAGCUCCGGGGUCGGUCUGGGCUACGUAGCGCAUGGAUUCGCGCGGAGCCCUUUGCUCUGGAACAUCUACUACCUCUUGUUCGUUGCAGCGGGUGUCUGGCAUUUUGUCGGUGGGUGGGCGGCAUGGAUGGGAUGGAGGGUCACUACUGCCCGCCAGGAACGAGGUCGCAACAAGGGCUCUCUUGGGGGAUACCUGGGGUUUGUGGAGAGCCAAGAGCGCGUCAAGCGACGCAAGCGCAUGUGGUGGAUGGUCAACGGCAUUGCAGCCCUAGGCACGUCGAUCUGGCUUGCUGGUGCAUUGGGCGUUAUUGGACGCGGGGGCGAGGGUUUUGGAUGGGAAGCAGAGAAUUGGAAUGUUCUCUAUAAAAGUGUUCCUGUUAUUGGCGACUGGCUUUGCUUUGCUGCAUUUGAAUCAAUGAGCUUGGCUCUACGGAUUCCGGUAUUUCACCUCACAGUUCGUCGGACAGUUCGUCCUAUUUCGCGAUCCUCGAGAUCCGACGUCCCGUGGUUCGCACAUCGUCAGCGCUGCCGCACGCCUUCGCUCUUUACAAGGCCAUAUACACCAACUCCAUUAGUUAUGGCACAAUCGAAGGAAGCGAAGACGAUCGGACAGCUUGUCCAACACAACGGCAAAGAGUACAGGGCCAUCCAGGAAGGGCUGGCGUGCAUUCUCAACCCGCCAUCUCAAGAGGCUGCAUCACAAGCCCCGCCGCGAAAGAAUGGUGCAGGCGAAGAGGAAUUGCAGUCUGUCUUCUACAAUCCGAUCCAGCAGUUUAAUCGCGAUCUGAGUGUUCUUGCCAUCCGUGCAUUCGGAGAACAUGUGUUGGUGGUGAAGAAACAGAAGGCGUCGAAGCAAAAAGCGAGGCAUGAAGGAUGGAGCAAAGGGAAGAAGCGCAAGAGGACGGAUGGAGAGGAGCCACAAGAAUCAAAUUCUCAGGUCCCCCAAAAGGGAGAAGAGACCGACCAACCUCACUCUGAACAAACUCCAGCUCCCCAGUCUUUUACCAUCCUGGACGCGCUAUCGGCGACAGGCUUACGAGCGCUACGUUAUGCUUCCGAAAUCCCCUUUACCAGCUGCGUUGUGGCGAACGACUGGUCUCCUACAGCCAUCCAAUCCAUGAAGAUGAAUAUCGAGUACAAUGGACUAGAGACGCGCAUUUCGCCAAAUGUGGGUGACGCCCGGGUGUACAUGCACAGCAGUUCGAACAAUCCACCGAAUUCGAAUAGCAGUGGACCGGCACACACGGGCAAGUUCGACGUCAUCGACCUCGACCCCUAUGGAACAGCCGCGCCCUUUCUGGAUGCAGCCGUCCAGGGCGUCAAGGAUGGGGGUCUUUUGUGCGUGACGUGCACUGACGCUGGUGUCUGGGCCUCGGCCGGAUAUCCGGAGAAGGCGUUCGCUUUGUACGGCGGUGUACCACUCAAGGGAUCCCAUUGCCACGAAGGAGGACUGCGCCUUAUCCUCCAUAGCAUUGCAACCGCGGCGGCAAAGUAUGGAGUCGCUAUCGAGCCGCUGCUCUCGCUGUCCAUCGACUUUUACGCCCGGGUGUUUGUCCGCGUACACAAGUCCCCGGCCGCAGUGAAGUUUAUUUCUGGAAACACCAUGCUCGUCUACAACUGCGAUUCGGGCUGCGGAGCCUGGACAACACAGCCGCUCACUCAGACGAGGCAAAAAGCAGAUAAGCAGGGGAAGCCAUUCUACCAUUACGGUCUUGCCCAGGCACCAGUCUCAGGGCCAUAUUGUGAACACUGCGGCUUCAAGACACAUCUCGGCGGUCCGAUGUGGGCUGGACCCAUGCACAACCCCCAUUUCAUCCAAAAGAUCCUGGACAUGCUACCCAACACGGAUCGAACCGUCUACCAAACCGUUGAUCGCAUCGAGGGCAUGCUGACAACUGCUCUCGAGGAAGACCUGAACCUAGCAUCACUUCCCGAAGCUACCGGCGGUGAUGAACAGGCUCCUGAUACCAUUGAGGCCACAACUGCCACCGUCCCAACCGCUGCUGACCCUACAGAUCUAGCCAUUAUCCCUCGCAUGGACCCAGCUGCGAAGGAGCCGUACCCGUUCUACUUCAACCUCAGCUACAUAUCCAAGGUCAUCCAUUGCUCGACCAUCUCCGUGGACGCUUUCCGCGGGGCCCUAGGCCAUCUUGGCUACCGCUGCUCCCGCAGCCACGCAAGGCCGAACACCAUCCGCACCGACGCACCGUGGGAGGUAGUCUGGGAGGUCAUGAGGGAAUGGGUUCGCCAAAAAUCGCCGAUCCGAGAAAAUGCUCUCAAACCAGGCACACCCGGGGCGGCGAUCAUGGCGAAGCGCCGAGAGAAUCUCCGCAAGGCCGACGCCGCCGCCGCCGCCGCCGCCGACGACACGACGACCAGCGGAGAGGAUCCGUGCCUCUCCCUUCUCAAAACCGAGGUUCUUUCCGCUCUCGAGGCCGGCAAAGAUGUCACCGACCUGAUCACAAAGAUUGAAGCCGCGCUGUACCGAUCUGGCGCUAGAAAGACGGCACCUGCAAGCAACCCCCGUGGUUCCGGUGAGAGUGAGAAGACACAACAGAGCACCGAGCCCCAGUCCCAGCUACCCGCCUCUACUCCCCAACCCACCCUCAAACCCCAUCCUAGUACAUUGGAUGUCGUCUUCGACGAAGCGCUGGGCAAGCAGACGGCCGUGAAAAGACUGGUGCGGUACCAGAUAAACCCGAGGGCGAACUGGGGGCCGUUGAGUCGUGCGACGGGGAGCAACCAGUCGUAG